AUGACGGGGAGAAGAGUGCCGCCUCAUCUGGCAGAGCACGAAGACGACGAGGACGCCGUGCAGAGGGGCUACGUCAAGGGCACGGAUUUCUCGCUGCCCUACUCGUCGCAGUGGUCGCGGGUGCACGACUCGGAGGUCAGGGAGGGCCUGCUGCGCCACGUGAACUGCGGCUAUCUCUCGACGCACGGGGUGCCACCGACGCUGCUCGCGCUCAAGCAGCACGCCCAGUCGCUGUGCGUGCUCAUCCACGCGCUCAACCCGACGCUGCGGUCGGCCGAGAUCAUGACGGGUGACCCCACGGAGAGGCCACGGCGUAAUCAGAACCCCGAGCUGGCGCCCGUCGAAGACCUCAUGGCCAUCAAGUACGAGCGCAACGACGCCUUCGACUUCCUCGUCGACCUGACGGUGCCGUACCACAACGACGACCCGAACCACAACAAGCCGCUCAACGGCCUCGUCAACGAAGUGCGCAGCCGCCACGAGGCCUACGGCACCAGCUACCACUGCGCGCUCGCCGAGACGACGGCGCGCCGCCCCGGCGAGGCGCAGAAGCCCUACGCCAACCUCCAUAGCCUGAUCAUGCACGCCAACGCGUGCCUGGAGCGGCUGGACCACGAGCUCAGCAGCACGGGCGGGCUGCUGAGCCUGCUGCCGGCGAACAACUCCACCGAGCACGACAGCAAAGAGCUCAAGAAGGCGCGCAGCAGCAUCCUCGGCUCGUACCUGCACUGGGCGCAGCUGCUGGUGGGCCGCAUGCACGACCUGGAGCGGGCGUACGGCAACGCGCUCGACGCGCUGGCGGGCGAGGCGGCCAUCCCGCACCAGUACCUCGGGGCGCUGGGGCCGGACGGGCGGUCGGGCCGCGAGAUCGCGUACCCGCAGGACCGGUGGGUGCUGGUCAACGCCGGCGACGACGUCUUCGACCACGUGCACAGCAUCCUCGACCGGCAGGAGGCGCUAGUGCAGGCCAAGGAGGAGGUGUGGCGGCGCAACGGCGCGUCGGGCGACCACGCGUGGUCUCUGGGCCGCGACGGCAAGGGCCGCGACUACGCCCGCGGCCUCGUGCCCGUCAACAUCAUGACGCGCUACUACCGGCUGGCGGGCCAGGGCCGCAACACGCUGUUCGUGCUGCCGGCGUGGGGCCACCACCCGGGCACGGCGCACACGCGCGAGACUGAGGACCAGCCAACAAUAGUCUCGUCGGCGCAGCCGCGGUUCCCGGCGCGAGCGACGGAGCUCGAGAAGCGGUACGACAGCCGCAUCGCCGAGGCGCAAAAGGCCGAGGCCGAGAACGCGUCCCUGCGUAGCCGCGCGCACCGGGCGCGCGCGCAGAUCGAGACCCUGACGGAACAGAACCGCCAGCUGGCGCUUACGCGCGACUCGCUCAUGCUCGCCACGGGCCGCGACGCCGCCCAGCUCGCCAACGACGCCCACGCCCUGCGCCAGCGCGCCCAGCGCGCCGAAGACGCCCUCCGCGACGCCCAGACCGCCCACGACAUUGCUGCCACCGACCGCGACCGCCUCCACCGCCAGGUCGAGCAGCUCGUCGAGGAGGCCGCCACGCUGCGCGCCCGCCUGCGCGAGGCUCGCCCCGACGCGCCCGAGGUCGCCGUGUGA